GUCGUCCAGGAAGCGGGCCAGGCGCGCGUCCAAUGCGAUGGCCGCGCCGCCGGCAUCCGCCGCGACUUGGUUGCGGACUUGGUUUUCCCCACCUGGCCAGGCGCAGGCGAGGUCGGCGUGGUUGACCUCGCAGCCUGCCUGGAGGGGGAGCUCCUUGCACAGGUGUCAGAUCCGUGGAAGUGCCUGCUGCCGCGGAAGGAAUGGCCCCUCCGGCCCGCCCGGUCCAAGGUCCACGGGGGCCAAGAGGAAUGGGAUAAGUUGGUCAAGGAGGGCCUGCGCCGAGGGCUCUUCCGAGAAGCUGCCCCGGCGGCUUUUUUUCGAGGGCGGGCCGGCCACCCCAUUUUCAGCGGAGCCAUGGGCGCUGACAAGGAGAAGGUGGUCGACGGUGUGCCGCGCUCAUUUUUACGCUUCGUAUCCAUAUUGACUCCUUCGAAUGAGCACACGCGGCCAAUCCAGGGCGAUGUCGAUUUCCUCCCAUUCAUUGCCCAGGCGAUGUUGGUGGUGCUAAAGGAGGACGAGAGCGCGGUCGUGGACAGCGAGGACUUCGUGAGCUGCUUCAACUUGCUGCGGGCGCCUCGAAGCUGGGACGGCUUCCUCGUGUAUGGGCGCCCGGUUUCGGGGGCCGUUCUCGGUCGCCGCGCAGAGGACGCCUUCCGCGUCUCGCUCGCGACGGUGCCGAUGGGUUUGUCUGGCGCCGUGGCCGUCGUCCAGGCGGCGGUGCGCCGCCUCGUUCUUGGCGAGGCGGAGGUCGAUCUGGCUACCGAGGUGGCUAAAUCCAAGGCGUUCCCGAACGGCCCGAACUACUCCUUCGUGCACUUGGACUCUUUCGAUUUCAUCCGAGUCUGGGUUAGGGCCCUGGCCGAGGCAAUGGCUGGGCAGGAGUCGCCGGAGCACCGGCGUCUCGUUAACGGGUGCGCCGCCGCCAUGGCUUGCCGCUCAACAAGGCGCCGGCGCGGCCGCGAUUUGUUACGCUUAUCCGUGGGCAUUGCGGCCGCCGAGGUGGCCGCGGAAGCCGCGCUUCGCCACUGGGCGGGCCUCGCGUGCUUCUGCGCGGUUUACCGCCGCCCGCUGUUCUCCAUCUUGCAGGACAUCUUCGCAGUCAUCGACUCUCCGGGCCGUCAAGGGCCCGUUCAUGCCAGCGCCUUGGAGGAACCGCUCCUUCUGAGCGCGCUCGCGCCGCUGGCCGGGGCCAAUCUGCGGGCGCAAGUGGGGCCCCACAUCAGCUGCUCUGAUGCUUCGCCACAUGGUGGCGGAGCCGCGGUUGCCGACAGCUUCGGAGCGCUCGGGGCUACCCCAGCCUUCGCGGAGGUCUCUGGCAACGCGGGCGCUUCUCUGUCUGAGGCCGGAGGGCGCGGCACCAGCGGCCCCCUGCGGAGCUCCCGCCGGCUCCUGGGGGCCGCAGGCGCAUCUGGCGACCAUCGCAGCCGCCUCUGGGCCUCGAACGAGCUCGCCGGCCUCGCCAUCCGGGCCUUGGAGGCACGGUUGGUGCGCCCAGGCUUCACCGUGGUGUCGCAGCCACCCAGCAGCUGGCUCUGGAGAUUCCCCCGGGCGCGAUGGCUGAUGCAGCAGCCCGGGAUAUUUCCCACGGAGGCGUUGGGGAGGCAUUGGAUGCACAACUCGCUUGCGCUGCACCGUCGCGUUGCCGAGCGCCUGGGGCAGCAGGGCGAGGUGUGCGAGGACGAGCUGUGGGGCAUCUACGCGGACGUCGUGGCGGCUGCAUGCCGGGCGCACGGCGAAGCGUCGUGCCCGCAGGGGCCGGGGCAGCAGGCCUUGUGGCUCAGCGCCCAGCUCCGGGAGGCCACCGAACGGCUCGGCGACGCGCAGCUGAAUGAGGUCAUGGUUCAGGAGAUCAUGGAUUGGCUCUCUGCCAUGCAGGCCGGCGGCGAGGAGGGCCAACUCCGCGAUCUGGUGCGAGCGGCCGACCAUCGCGGUUCAGAUGUCCGGCUGUGGGCUUCGGAGGUGCUCCGGAGCUCACGCCAAACCGCUCCCUAUCCAGCAUUUUGUUGGCAGUGGAAGCCGGUGUCCAGCUACGCUUGGCGUAGCGCUGGACACAUCAAUGUCUUGGAAGUUCUUGCGUUCGUCAACUACGUCAAGUUUUCUUUGAAGUGCGUCUCGAGCGUGUCGAGGCGCUUCGUGCAUGUGCUCGAUGGUAUGGUUGCUACGGCCGUGAUAUCCAAAGGGCGGUCGACGUCGCGACGCUUGAACGGUCCUUUGAGGGAGGUUGCUGGCUAUUUGUUAGCGGCCGAUGCCUAUCCUUUCGCUGUGUGGACGAUUUCUGAUUGGAGCUUUGCGGACCAGGCCAGCCGGAGGGUGGAGCAGCGUCAG